AUGGAUCUAUCUUUGUCAACGGUCCCAAAGUCAGUCGUACUUGUCAGUCCAAGUCUUUCGAGUAAGAUCAAGACCAUGUUCAGCAAGGUAUCGGAUCAGUUCGAGUUUGUGGAGACGGAAUACGAUGAAUAUGCGAAAUUAGACGGUUACAGUCAAUUCGAUUAUCUUCCGAAAUCUUUUGGCUUUUUUGAAAAAGAUGGACAACAUAGGUUCUACGCAAGCGCGUUUCUGCAUCAAGGUUUUAUGCUGGCCAUUAAUGUAUACUACAAUAUGGUGUUUGGAGAUGAUACUAUGGGUAGGUGUUGAUGAAAUCAGGAUACUUUUGUGACUAAACCCCUUAAGUUAAAACUAGAAAUCGCAAGCUACUAUAUAUGCACUGACACAGUAAAAAAUAAUAUAAAAAUUUUGAGCAAACUCUACGAAUUGCAGGUUGGCUAUUUACUUUUGUAUGUUAACAUUGCAAACGUUGGUACUUUCUUUCAGAUCACAUUCGAGUAGGAUAUGUAGAUACGAGUAAAGUUAAGGAGAAUAAAAGCCCGUUGAACAAUCUAAUUGAAAGUCUCGUUACGUCGUUUGCAAUUUCUUUUGGACUAGCCAUGAUAAUGUCGUCUGUUAUUGUGGAAAGAGUCAAAAAGUUUAAGCAUCAGGUAAAAUACGUUAAUAUCGAGAUUUGUGUCAUUUUUGAAUAGCUGAUUGUGCAAUAUUCUAAAUUUUUGUUUUGUCAAACUAAGGUUGGGCUUGUGGUAAAAAUUUUUUUGGUAUGAAGGUCCUUUUUCUAGCUUCUGCACUUUGCGGCUAGGCCUAGUGGGCCCACUAAGCUCGGUCUCGGCCUUGCCUAGUAGCUCAUCCUUAUAGCAACAGUAGAUUAAAAUUUUACUUUAAAAAUUGAUAACUUUUUUUUAGAUCUACCUAGCAUCAGCAAAAACCUUCAUCUACUGGCUGGCUCAAUUACUAUCAGAUUUUACGUUCUACUUUGUUCUGGUGACAUUUGUGUUUGUAUGCUAUUUGUUGGUAGCAAAACCAUUACCUCUUUGUGCACUCGGCAUAGUACCAUUUUACUUUCUCUACUUCUUUUCCGGUUUAUUUUUAUGCUACGUGCUUAGUCUUGGAUUCGAAUCUCCAACAAAGGCUACUGUUAUCAUAUUGGCAGUUCAUGCCGUCAUUCCGUUGAUACUACACUUUUGUAUUAUUUUGUUUGUUCAUGAAGCGGGGCGCCUCUUAAGUGGCUUUUCUGAUCAGGCUAUGUACUUUAGAGUAAGUUUAAAUGUUUUUUUUUGGUUUUUUACGGACAAAAUAGGUAAGCAGCGAUGUGGCAAUAAAUGCUUACGUCUUUUUCUCUUUUCUUUCUUUAUCAAUUUUAAUUACUGUAAUUUGCACUAUUUUCAGGCUAUGUUAAGUGUGUUUUUGCCAACUCUUGGCUUGGUGACCGCCCAGGACGCAUUGUCUGAAGUGUGUGUAGCAAAAGCAGAUUUGUCUGCUUCAAUGUACACAGAUUCGAAAAAGGUUGGCAUGACUCUGGGCUCAUUAUUCUUGAGCAGUGUGGUGUAUCUGUCAAUUUUGCUAUUGAUUGAAACUAAGAUGUUGAAGCGUAAGCAAAAAGAAGAAAAUCCAGGCGUAAGUUCAAUUAUUUGUUUCGAAUUUUAAACGCUUAUUUGGCUUGAAUGACCAAAGUAAUAUAUUGUAGUCAUAUUAAUAUCAACUGGACUUGAAUAAAGCACUUUGUUUUUACAUAAAAUCUAAAAUCUGGUACAAGUUUAGAAUGAAGACGAAGAAGAUGCUGAUGUUGCUGAAGAACGUGACAGAAUCAACGGAAUAUCAGGCGAGGAGUUGGCUUUGGCUGUCAGAAAUCUAUCCAAGAAUUAUGGUACCAAGUGGGCGGUUCAAGGACUCAGCUUCGGAAUGAAUUCCAACGAAUGCUUUGGGCUUUUGGGUAAGUUGAAAUAGUUAUUUUACAAUUUUUUAACUUUUUGUCAAAAGCAAAAACAAAUUUUACUCAAAUUUUUAAAAAGAUAGGAUAAUUUGAUAUAAAUAUGAUUUUAGGUACAAAUGGAGCUGGUAAGACGACCACAUUUGACAUGUUGACAAACCAAACAUCAGCAUCUGAUGGCUCAGCUUCCAUAUUAGGUACGCCAGUAGAGCAAACACCGACGAUAGGAUAUUGUCCUCAAUUUGACUCCUUAUCUGACAACCUGACCGGUCGAGAGACCUUAACCUUGUUAGGCAGAUUGAAUGGCUUCAAAAGCGUCAAGGACAGAGUUGAACUGGUACUAGAAUGUGUCUUUUUAUCAGAAAUGGCAGACGAGUUGACCAAGACUUAUAGUGGUGGUCAGAAACGUCGCUUAUCAAUCGCGGUAUGUCUGAUGUCAGGCUCCAAGUUCUUGGUACUGGAUGAACCAACAGCCGGCGUGGACCCGGCUACACGAAGACACAUCUGGGACCUUCUGAUAGCCAUGAGGAACCUGAACAAGGCCAUAUUACUCACGACUCACUCGAUGGAAGAAUGCGAAGCUCUCUGUACCAGAAUCGGCUUCUUACGCGCUGGUCGACUAAGAGGUAUUGGUACUAGUCAGCAUCUCAAGAGUAGCUAUGGCAACUCUUAUGUGCUCACAAUCAUUCUCAAGAGCUUGAAGAAAGAAGACGCAGAGUACGUGAAUAAGGUGGUUUCUAAAGCCUUUGAUAUUUCACCGUCUACUGACUUGGAUCAAAGAUCGAUUAGUUUUGACAUUCCAAAGAAAUCAGACGUCUCUUGGAGCAGCAUAUACGAGAAAGUGGAGGGAGUGGUCAGAGAGAUUAAUUCUCAACGCAAAUCAAAGACUGCUGAUUCAAAAGAAUCACAAGAAUCUAAAGAACGGGUAGCAUCAAAAGAGGAAGAGAUCGUAUCAGACUUUUACUUGGUCCAAAACUCUCUAGAGCAGGUCUUUACUCGGUUGGCUACAGCUAAAUGA